AUGACACGACCCACGAUCUCCGUCAACAUCUCCGCCCCAGGGCUGCCGAACCACAUUGCUCCGGACUCUCCUGUGUCCGCCUCCAGUAAAUUAUCAACGACUCUCGCCGACGACCUACUCUGCCCACGGUACGCCGACCGAGACGCCUCGUCUGCACCCCCGUCACCAGCGUCCAUCGAAUCGUUCGACGUCCUAUUAGACUCGACGGCGUGGCGGCGAGGUGAGAUUUCACUCGGUGGCAGCGGCUCUGCGUUUUCAUCGUCGAACAAUCUCCUCGGGGCAUGCUCGUGCUUGCCCUGGAGUAGGAGGGCACGACAGCAACGACAACAUCGGCGACCACCGCCACAGCAGGGCGUCAUCUUCUUCUUUCUCAUUCUACUCGCGCUCAUGCUCCUGGCGUGCGCCGCCCUGGCAGGAGGGACAUUAGCAAUGCGACACGAGACGCGAAGGACACGGGCAGAGUGCUAUCGUCGCAGCGGUGGCGGCAGCGGCAGCGGCAGCGGCAAUGACGGAGAUUCCAGAUGUGACGAUAGCGCAUGGGCGAAAUGCGUCGCUGUGAAUGGAAUAGGGUACUGUGAGGGCAUUGGCAUUGCUGGGUGA